CGGCCGGCCGCCACAACGCGCGGACGGGUGCACGAUGCACGCGCGGUGAACAAAACAAUCGCAAUGCUGUUUGAGAAUCCCAACGCGAAAUUGUUCCCAGCUUUCAACAUCCCACCGCCAGUGAGGCUCAGCGGUGCGCUUGGCGGUCUGGAGAUGGUGGACGGAGAGUUGGCGGCGCACGUUUUGAGUGCGCAGGCUGCCGCACAUGCCGCAGCCACUGCUGCCGCUCACCAGCAACAACAGCAAAUGGCAGUACAACAGAUCAAAACAUCUCCAUCAUCAGGCCGCUCGACCCCAGUGCCGAGCAACGCCGGCAGCACGUCACCCUCACCAAGCAAGCUGUUUGUUGGAGGUCUCAGCUGGCAGACGAGCUCUGAGAAACUGCGAGAGUACUUCGCCAUGUUCGGAGCGGUGACUGACGUACUGAUUAUGAAGGACCCUGUGACACAGCGCUCGCGCGGCUUCGGCUUCAUCACGUUCCAGGAGGCGGCCUCCGUGGACAAGGUGCUCGCCGUGCCCGUGCACACGCUGGACGGCAAGCGCAUCGACCCCAAGCACGCGACGCCCAAGUCGGCGCCCAAGCCGGCCAAGACGAAGAAGAUAUUCGUCGGCGGCGUCGGCCAGGACACCUCCGCGGAGGAGGUGCGCGCCUACUUCUCGCAGUUCGGCCUCGUCGAGGACGCCGUGAUGCUUAUGGACCAGCAGACGAAGCGGCACCGCGGCUUCGGCUUCGUCACGUUCCACUCGGAGGAGGCCGUCGAGCGCGUGUGCGACAUCCACUUCCACACGAUCAAGAACAAGAAGGUGGAGUGCAAGCGCGCGCAGCCCAAGGAGGCCGUCGCCGCCGCGCCGCUCGCGCUGGGCAAGCGCCUCGUGCUGCGGCCCGGCCGCGGCCUGGUGUACGGCGGCGUGGGCGUGGGCGGAGUGGGCGGCGUGGGCGGCGUGCCCGCCUACCGCUACGCGCCCUACGCGCUGCCCGGCGCCGGCGCGCUCGUGCCGCCCGCGCCCGCGCCCGCGCCCGCGCUGCCGCAGUUCGGCGCCGCCUACUCGCUGGCCGGCGUCGACAUGUCCUCCUUCCAGGGCGUCGACUGGGGCGCCGUCUACGGCAUGCCCAUGUACAUCUAGGCGCCCCGCCGGUCCCCCGCCCCUCUCGCCCCCUCGCCCCCCUCGCCCCCUCGCCCGCGCGCCUCCCGCAGUCGCAAGGCGAAGAUCUCAGAUUAUUAUGUUAGUUGGACUCGACUAAUCUCCCGACUCGACUCCCACUCUCUGUGGCGUAGCGUUUAGUGCACGGCCGGCGUCAUAGUGAGGAGCGUGAAUCUCGCGGCUGUUUGUGUGUUUCUUUUUUCUAUUUUUAUUUUUGUCGUUUCUCCGCAGCGGUCGGACGCCGCGCGUCGGUCGCGGCACCCGUAUCAGUAUUAUAGUUCCGUGCCAUUGCGCCACACGAAAUUGUGCCAAACCGUAUGUACGUACGUUUAGUUUGCAUGACGCGAGCGGGACGCUUGAGACUCCCGCGGGUAGCUGUAGGGGGUCGA